AGAGAUUUAUUCAGAUAUAAGAGUUAUUCAUCCGCCAGCCAGCAAUUCUGGAUUACUAGUUAUCAGUUGUUUCUGGUGAUGACUUUUUAAAUUACAUUAAAUUUUCAGAUUUUACAAACAAUGUCCCCCUGUAGAACAGAGUUUCAAUCUUUGACUGCUGAUGAACAGCUAAUAGCCAGGAUGUCCCUCCAGGCAGCAAUGGAUGCCUCUGAAUACAGCCUCUCAUUCAAUGACUCUAUCAUUAAGAGGAGGGCACCCUAGUUCUGGCAUCCAAUGGGAGGUGCAUUUGAUGGUGAAAGAUGUUCCCUUCCCCCCCACUUUUUACCCACUUCUCCCACUCAAGACCUUACUGAUAGACAUAGAAUCAUAGGACUGGAAGGGACCUUGAGAGGUCAUCUAGUUCAGUCCCCUGCACUCAUGGCAGGACAUGUCUCUUCUGAAAUGGGGAGCAUAUCUGGACCAUCAUCAAGCUCCAGAUCUACAGACCCAUGAGGAUACUUGACUACACAUAAAUGUAUUGGGGCCCAAAGUGGUUUGCAGAGCCUGUGUUGCAUUCCUACCAAUUAUCCAUGGACUGACAGUUCAAGUUAUGACUGACAACACAACAACCACGUUUUAUGUAAACAGGCAGGGAGGAACCCUUUGAUGUCUGGCAGGAGGUUAACUAUGGAACUGAUGUUUCAGCACUAAGUAAUCUCUCAUAGCAAUACAUAUCCUAGAUCUGCAGAAUGCUCUAGAAGAUAGUUUUGUCAAGCCAUGAGUGGAUGAUCAAGGAUUCUGUUAUUCAUCACAUUUUCCACGUGUGGGGUCAUCCUUCUGUAGACCUAUUUGCAACCACCCAAGAACAUGAAAUGUAUCAAUUUCUGCUCCAAAGGAGGUCUAAGCCCAGAAUUCCUGUCUGAUACAUUCCUCACUCAGUGGUUGCCAGGGAUGAUGUAUGCUUACAUCCCUCUGAUUCCCAGGAUGUUCAAAAAGAUCAGACAAGAUGUUGCCAAGGUCAUUAUGAUAGCAGCUGCCUGGCUGAGGUAAUUUUGGUACCUGGAGUUGAUGCUCUUAUCAUUUUGUCCACUGAAAACCUUUCAAAUUCUACCAGAUGUAAUAUCUCAAAAAAAGGGAAACAUCUUACCUUGAAAUCCAGCCUCCCUCCAUCUCACAGCCUGGCUACUUAUUGAAUGUCAGACAUGGAGAGAUCAUGUUCCUUCAGAACAUUUUGAUCCAAAGUAGAAAAGAUUCCUGACUAACAUAGAUUGUUAAGUGGAAAAGAUUCAGGAUUUGAUGUAAACAAAGUCAAUUACAACUUGUUGAUUCCCAGAUCCCUAAUUCUUGGACUACUUGGACUCUCUAAAGAGCUUGGAACUAUCUAUUAGAGUGUUCCUGGGAGCUAUAUUGCCACAUCCCCGCUAUUUCCUCCCCUCCCCCCGCAACGCUAUAGUUUUUUUCCACCUAGUAUGAUUAAAUUUCUUAAGGGCCUUUUUCCCAACAGUAAGGGGACCUCCUUCUCCAUUGGACUUUAAUGUUGUGCUGGCAGGUAAGCCACAUCCAUUCAAGCACCUAGCAAACUGUUCCCUGUUGCAUUUAUCUACAAAAACAUCCUUAGUAGUGGCAAUUACAUCAGCUAGAAGAUUUGGGGAAAUGCAAGCUCUUAUGGCUGGCCCUUCCUGUACAAUAUUUCAUAUGGGUAAGGCAUCACUCAGAUCCCACCCUGAAUUCCUGCCCACGGUAGCAACAGGUUUCCAUUCGAACCAAAUGACCCUUUUAGUGGUGUUUCCCCUAGAACACUUACUAAUCAGGGGAAAGCUACGGUGUACAUUUCAAGUUCACAGGGCCUCCUUUUAUUCACUAAGAGCCUAACCUUUCAGAGUUUCCAAGAGAUGAUUUGUACCAUUUGCCGACAGAGAGGAAGGCCAAGCAGUAUCUCCACCGAGCCUACCCCAGUGGGCGGCGGGCUGGAUUAGGGUCUGUUAUGAGUUAGCUAGGCUCAGAUUAGGGCUCACCCCCACUCGGGGUUGUUCAGCCCAUCCGUCUCUUGAGUGUGAUGCUCUGGCGGAAGCAUCACCAUCUUCACCAUCUUCUGGCAGAGCCGUGCUGCCAUCUUCCCAACGCCACGGGGCACUCCGCAUGCACACGGUGGGGCACAGGGAGUGCGGUGCUACCCGGGGGGGGGGGAUGGAUUUGCACAAGCACUCGAAGAAGUAAGGAAAGUUACUUCUCUGAGCGGGGCGGGGAGUUUGGGGCAAUUCGUUACCCGCCUCCGUGCCUGGACGGGGCAGGGGCAGAGGGCCUGAGGGUCCCCGUUUGAGCUGGAGGGGCCUGACUGGAAGAGCCAACAGUGCGAAGCCCGGAGCCCGGCCUCCUGCCCCAACCACUGCCGGCCUCCCAGCUUCGCGUCCCCCUCAGAGCUAGCAGCUGCCCCCGGCCUCCCCGCCCCGCCUCAGAGCCGCCCCCCGCGCAUUUGGUUCUGCCCAUUCUCUCCUUCCUCCCUCCCCCCCGCGCAUUUGGUUCUGCCCGCUCCCAGGCGGCCUCGUGUCCUCGAUUCCUUUUCCCCUCCCGGCGCCGCGGGCGCUACCCCUCGCCGCUCGGUGUUUUGUCCCCGGGCGAGUUCCGUAGCGCGUGCGGCGGCCCCUCCCCUCUGCGGCUCGCUCGCUGUGCUGCGCGAUUGUGCGGGCGAGAGGCGGCGGCGGGAGCGAGCGAGCGACACAGGAGGCGGCGGCGGCGGCGGCGGCGGCAGCAGCUCGGCGGCGCCAUGGCGGCCGCUCUCAGCGACAUGGCGGAGCCGGAGGGGCUGUUUCCCGGCGAGGCGGGGGCGGCGGCCGAGGAGGAGGAGGAGGAGGAGGAGGCCGGGACGGCGGCGGCGGCGGCGGGGGCGGCGGAGUCCGAGGCGCUGCUGCUGCUGAGCGGCGAGGCCGAGAGCAUGUCGGAGCCGAGCCCGGAGAGCGCCAGCCAGGCCGGCGACGGGGAGGACGAGGAGGAGGAAGAGGAGGGCGGCGAGGAGAGCAGCCUGGUGGGGAGCAGCAGCACCAGCAGCAGCGGCUGCUGCAGCGACGAGACCCGCUCGCCCAGCCCCGGCGGCAGCAGCGAGGCCGACGCUAAGGAGGAGCCCAAGGGCCCCCGGGGCAGUCCGGAGGACGGGCUGGGCCGCGGCGGCGGCGGCGGCGGCGGCAGCAGCAGCAGCAGCAGCGUGUCCAGCGGCGGAGACGAAGGCUACGGCACCGGCGGAGGGGGCGGCAGCAGUGGCAGCAGCAGCUGCAGCGCCACGUCGGGGGGCCGGCGGGGCAGCCUGGAGAUGUCCUCGGACGGGGAACCCCUGAGCCGGAUGGACUCGGAGGACAGCAUAAGCAGCACUAUAAUGGACGUAGACAGCACAAUUUCCAGUGGACGUUCAACUCCAGUAAUGAUGAAUGGCCAAGGAGUUACUGCUUCCUCGGCAAAAAGUAUUGCUUAUAACUGUUGUUGGGACCAGUGCCAUGCUUGCUUCAACUCCAGCCCGGAUCUGGCAGAUCACAUUCGCUCCAUACAUGUAGAUGGUCAGCGAGGAGGGGUAUUUGUUUGUUUGUGGAAAGGUUGCAAAGUAUAUAAUACACCUUCAACAAGUCAAAGUUGGUUACAGAGGCAUAUGCUGACACACAGUGGGGACAAACCUUUCAAGUGUGUGGUUGGUGGGUGCAAUGCCAGUUUUGCAUCUCAGGGAGGGCUGGCUCGUCAUGUGCCCACGCACUUCAGCCAGCAGAACUCUUCAAAAGUUGCCAGCCAGCCAAAGGCCAAAGAAGAAUCUCCUUCUAAAGCUGGAAUGAACAAAAGAAGGAAGUUAAAGAACAAAAGACGACGCUCAUUACCAAGACCACAUGACUUCUUUGAUGCACAAACAUUGGAUGCCAUACGACAUCGAGCCAUCUGCUUCAACCUCUCAGCUCACAUAGAAAGUUUAGGAAAAGGCCAUAGUGUUGUAUUUCAUAGUACUGUAAUAGCUAAAAGAAAAGAGGAAUCUGGAAAAAUAAAACUCUUGCUUCACUGGACACCAGAAGACAUAUUUUCAGUGUCCCAACUGGUUGGGUGCAAGAGCAUGGACCCAACAGUGUGGAUCUAUUAUAAUUACUGUCUUCAGAGAACAAGGAUUUAUUGUCUGCCUGAUGUGUGGGUAAAUGAAAGUGAACGACAUCAAUUAAAAACUAAAGUAGUUCAUUUAUCAAAACUACCAAAAGAUACUGCCUUGCUUCUGGACCCAAACAUAUACAGAAAUUCUAGUAAAGGAGGUACAUACAGUGGAAUCCUGAAAGAUCACUUCUGUUAAGAUCACAUACUGAACAAUGCCACAGAAGAGGUUGAAGAGGUAAAAAUCAAGCAGUUGGGGACAUCUGCAGUCUUAGUCACUGACAAUGGAAUUAGAAAUAAAGUUGCACAUUAGUCAAGGCCCCCCAAACCACCCCCAUCCUUUUUUCAAAUCCUUAGAUAAUAUUUAUGCUUAGUGUAAACAUUCUGUGAAUGAAGUAGAUGCUUCUGUGGAAUAUAUUAAUAUAUUACUGUAUAUCCACAUUGUCAUGGAAUGGUACAGUGGGAGACUGAGCAAACACUCUUCUGGCAACUUAGUGGAACAACUAAAAGGCUUUGCAUGCUUGCUUCUUUAAGCUGCUUUUCUUUUGUUAGUAUAUACAGUAGUUUGAUGAAAAGAGGAAGUAACUAACCAUCACAACUUACACAGUUCCCAGGAGAACUCUUAACAAGCUGCUAAGAGUUUAACACUCACCAGACAAUGAACAAACUUCCAAGGCUUUAUCCUAUUACCUUCUGAGUACGGUGGAUAGUAAUCAGUCGUCAUUUGUACACUUGUGCGUCCUUUCACAGAAACUAAUAAGAGACAUUAAAUGAUGUUUAAACUAAUGUUAAUGGAAUGCUUGUUUUUCCCAUUCAGCUAUAAAUUCAUAUAUCCAAGUAAGACUGAAAGGUGGUGUUAAGAGUGUUGCAGUAGGUCUGACCCUUUUUCAGGACUAGUACUGUAUGUUAAUGAGGUCUACUUUUAUGUAAUCUUUAUUACUGAACGGUUUUUGAAAAACCUCUACUUAAGCAGUUAGUGAAAUUGGUGUUUGAUUUUAAUUUUUUGACCUUUUAAGACAGUCACUUGUACAGUAUGUUUUUUUUAUUUGGCCUGACCUUUUCUAGAUGUAAAGAAAAUGAUAUUUUUUUAAAACAUCUAGAAAUUCAACCUUUAUGCACCAAAGUUGGCUUUGAAAAGGAAAAUAAAAUCACUUUCUUGCUUAAUAAGCAAGAAAUCAUGGAUUUUUUUAACUUACAGAAAUAGAGAUGUGUGUAACUUGUUAGUCUUGUAUGGAGACAAAAAUGUUGCAUAUAGAUAAUAGGACAUUGCUUGUAAAUAAUUCAGCAGAUUUGUAAUAUAUUUUUAUAUUAUGAAAUGUACUGUAGAUGUUUUUCUAGAGGCAUGAAAGUUAAAAUGUAUAUAUUAUGUUAGAAAAAUAUGGAAGGAUAUUGUAAUUCACUAGCGCUGCCAGAAGAAAUGUUUAAAAAAGCACCUUCCUAACAACAAAAAAAGUCGUUUGCAUACCUAAGGGACUAUGUACUACUGUUAAUAUCUGUUGUAAGAACAAAAAUACAUUGAACAUCCUUCCCAGAAAUCUUCGAGGGAUGAGCAGAACCCAUAAUGGCACUCCUUUCUGAUAUUGAACGUGAAAUCAGUCAUUUCCUUGCUGUUGGAAGGAACUAAUGUAAAAUAUAUGUGGAUAUAUGCAGUCAAACUGCAGAAUUAGUCUUCCUUAUUGGGGAGGAAUUUUCACGUUACUACAGUGAAACGAAAAACCAGCAGUUUUUACACUAAAAUUUUAUUAAAUAGAAUAAAACUUAGAAUUAAUCCUUUGGCUGCAGGGUUAAGUGUUUCCUAAUAUAAUACGAAUGCAUUCUGCAUUGGUACUGACACAAGAGACUUGCUUGGCUCCAACGGGUUAAAUAUGUUACUUAUAUUCAUGAAAAAUCUUAUCAAACAAAAUGAAGUGCAGAUUAGAAGCACCACUAAUAUAAGAUGUUCUGGAAUGGUUGUUUAAUAAAUAAGGGUAUUAUUCAUAAGAUUUGUAGCAACCUGACUUUAUUUUUUAAAAAAGUACAGUGUUUUGUUUAAUUUUUUUGCUUGAGCACUUCAUCUACUGCUUAUUCUGUAUCUAUAAAAGUAAUCCACAAUCUCUUUUUGGUUCUUUUUUAAAAUUUGUCAUAAAAUUGCCAAAUAGAAGUGUUUCAGAUAUAGUUUGUAUUUGUAUUUUUUUAAUUUUAUUGCUUCAUGAGUUCCUUGUAAGUCAUCUAUAAUUGACAGAUGAUUGUAGACCUUGCCUGAGUAUUUUUUCUAAUAAAACAAAGCAAAUAACCACA